UCCUCCCCCGAACACAAACGCAGGGGAAAGACUUCUCAAAGAGGAACAGAGCAGAGGGGUGGAGGCGGCGAUACCGGGCGGAGCGAGGAGGAGACGCGGCGCACCAUGGGGAAGUCCAACAGCAAGCUGAAGCCGGAGGUGGUGGAGGAGCUGACCAGGAAGACCUACUUUACAGAGAAAGAAGUUCAGCAGUGGUAUAAAGGAUUUAUUAAGGAUUGUCCAAGUGGACAACUCGAUGCUGUCGGCUUCCAGAAGAUUUACAAGCAGUUCUUUCCGUUCGGGGAUCCCACCAAGUUCGCCUCCUUUGUGUUCAACGUCUUUGAUGAGAACAAGGACGGACGCAUCGAAUUUUCAGAGUUCAUCCAGGCGCUGUCGGUCACUUCCCGCGGCACCCUGGAUGAGAAGCUGAGAUGGGCCUUUAAACUGUACGACCUGGAUAACGACGGCUACAUCACCCGCGACGAGAUGCUGAACAUCGUGGAUGCCAUUUAUCAGAUGGUGGGAAACACAGUGGAGCUGCCAGAGGAGGAGAACACGCCAGAGAAGAGAGUGGACCGCAUCUUUGCCAUGAUGGACAAGAACGCAGACGGCAAGCUGACUCUGCAGGAGUUCCAGGAGGGCUCCAAGGCGGACCCGUCUAUUGUCCAGGCUCUGUCGCUCUACGACGGCCUCGUGUAGGGCAUGUGAGAUGGGUCCAGGAAUCAGUGUCUGUGUUGCAAAAGCCAAUCCGGACCCAUCACAUCAUCAGAGAUCUCCCUCGUUGGUGUUCCCCUGGAGGUGCAUCAUGGGAUAUCGGGCUUCUUUGGGGGUCCUCCAGUAUGGAAUUUGUGUCCGUUACCACAUUUGUACCUAACAAAAACGGAUUGUAAAACGACUCUUGUCUUCGGAAUAUUUACAUUACACAGUGUGCCAACCAGUGAACGUGAAGCAGUGCGAGUAAAGCAGUGCACGUGAAGCAGUGCACGUGGGACACGUUUACAGACACAGUGUUGUGCUCGUCGGCGCACCAGUCCUAGUUUGUUGUACCAGGGACACCCCCAGAGCGACUUGCCUCAUGAGAGACAUGGUCAUACACUGUGUAUGUGUGUGUGUGUGUGUGUGUGUGUGUGUGUGUGUGUGUGUGAGUGUGUGUGUGUGUGUAUGUGUGUGUUUGGUGAAGAUGCAUGUGAAUCUGAUCCGAAGACCUGUGCUGUGAUGACUUCAUAGUCUGUGGGAGAGACGGCAAAGCUGGAAGCGAGGGAGCGAGGGAAUGUGGACUUUUGUAAAUGGAUGUCAUGUCGCAGAAGAGUAGGCCUAUAUUAUAUUGUAUUAUGUAAAUAUGACUGUGAUAUUUAAGACAAUUAUAAUUCCUGCUCGUAAAUGUUUUAUUUGCAUCAAGUGGGUUCAAUGGAACAUUGUAUUAUUAUUAUUAUUAUUAUUAUUAUUAUUAUUAUUAUUAUUAUUAUUAUUAUUAUUAUUAUUAUUAUUAUUAUUAUUAUCAUGAUCAGCCCCCAAACAUGCACUUAUUUUCCCUUGGGAAAAAUGGCCUCCCCCUUCUGAUUCAGAGGGGUCUAAGGUUAAGGAGGUGCCACAGUUUUGUUUUCCUUCUGCUGUUUUGUUGUGGUGUCGGUUUGACGAGGUUUGGGGCCGUGGCGGCCCCCCAUUGUUUCAUGGUGUCUCUCUACCACUUCCGUUAACUGACGUCUUAUAGCGCCUAUGGGGUUACGCGGCCCACAUCCUGAACGACCAGCGCUGCUGACACUCAUUACAGCUGAAGCCCCGGCCCAGGCUCAUAGCCUCCAUUGUAAAACAACCACCGCAUCCCACCCUCUCUCUCUCUCCAAACACAUCAAUACUACUGGCUGUAAAAGCUUUUUUUUGCGAGAGUAGUGUGGUUGCAACAGUCCUCUUUGUCCUGUGUCUUGUGUGUGUUUAUAGAAGCCACAGCAUGUGACAAUGCCUCUCUCUCCCUCCCUGUUUCUCUAUCUCAAUCUGUGCCUCCCUGACUCUCUUUCCAUCUGUGUCUCUCUCUGACUCAAUAGGUCUUUCUCUCAAUCUGUCUCCGUCUGUCUCUCUCUGUUACUGUCUAUCUCUUGCUCUGUGUCUUGCUCUGUGUUUCUCUCCCACUCUGAUUCUCUCCCUCUUCUGGGUCUGUUUCUCCCUCCCCCCUCUCUCU